GCUGUAUAAUCACCAACGACCAACGAAAGGAUACGUUCAAUUAACCAAGCAAGCGAUGAUAGACGAAGCAAACUUAGUUUGUACUCAGUAGUUCUACCGUUGUCGGUCUGUUGUUGCAUGACUUUUGAGUUUUCUAGUUAAAGUUAACUUGUUCAAGAUGUUUCUGACCCGUUCUGAGUAUGAUCGUGGAGUAAAUACUUUUUCUCCUGAAGGAAGACUAUUUCAGGUUGAAUAUGCCAUUGAGGCUAUCAAACUUGGCUCAACAGCCCUUGGUAUUUGCACCUCGGAGGGUGUGGUCCUUGCGGUGGAGAAGAGGAUUACAUCUCCACUUCUUGAGUUGACAACAAUCGAGAAGAUUGUUGAAGUAGACAAACAUAUCGCUUGUGCUGUUAGUGGCCUUAUUGCGGACUCAAGGACGUUAGUAGACCGAGCCAGAGUAGAGUGUCAGAACCACUGGUUCAUCUACGACGAGAGGAUGAGUGUUGAGUCAGUUGCUCAGGCCGUGUCCAACUUGGCUAUCCAAUUCGGAGAUUCAGAUGAAGAUGGUGCAGCAAUGAGCCGUCCAUUUGGUGUAGCAAUCCUGUUUGCAGGAAUCGACGAAAAGGGACCUCAACUGUUUCACAUGGACCCGUCAGGCACAUUUGUCCAGUUUGAUGCCAAAGCGAUAGGGUCAGGCAGUGAGGGUGCACAGCAGAGUCUGCAAGAGGUCUAUCACAAGUCAAUGACUUUAAAAGAAGCCAUAAAUGCUGUUCUUACGAUUCUCAAACAAGUAAUGGAAGAGAAACUUAACUCCACAAAUGUAGAAGUUGUAACAGUAACUCCAGACAAAAAGUUUCAUAUGUUCACAAAAGAAGAAGUUGAAGAGGCCCUGGAAGCAGUGGCUCCUCUAAUUAAAGAUGAACCUGGGCCAAGUGGAAUGUCAUCUUCACAAGCUAAAUUUUAAGAGCUUGUUUGGUUUUUAUCUUUUUCUAAUAAAUUUAAUGUGAAUACAAUAAAAAUUAAAUGAUAUUGUUA